CACAGGCUCUCAGGCUCACAAUUACAGCUCACCUAUGGGUGGCUGGGCCUGAGUCACUGUGGGGAGGGACUCUGGGCUGCCCAGCCCUGCCACCUUCUUCCAAGCUACAGUAUAAGGAGUAGCAGCGGGGACAAGGGCUGUGGGAAAACAGGAACAUCUGGGAAAGGAGAGAGAAGACUGCAGACCUAGAGGAAGGGAGAACGAGAAGUCAGAAGGAAGGAGAGAAGGGAGGAGGGCACGCAGACGCAGGGAAAGAGAAAGGGCAAGCGAGUAAACUUGGGUGGGAAGAAGACACUCAGGAGAGAAGGAACGAGGCAGAGAUGAAGCUACAGGGGUGUCUGGCCUGCCUCCUGCUGGCCCUGUGCCUGGGCAGUGGGGAGGCUGGCCUACUGCUGAGUGGAGGGGAGAGCUCUGGAGCAGGGGCCAUGGAGACCACUGGACACGGGGCGGGAGAGGCCAUCAAGCACGGAGUCGGGGAGGCCACUGGCGGAGGGGAUGGAGAGGCAGCAGGUUCUGGAGUCAAGGAGACCAUGGGCCCCGGCGUGGGGGAUGCUCUCGCCCGUGGGGUUGAGGAAGCGGCCCAUGCUCUUGGAAACACUGGGAGUGAGGCUGGCAGACAGGCUGAGAAUGUCAUUCAGCACGGAGUGGACGCUGCCCACAGCUCCUCGCAGGGGAUGCCUGGCGGCAACGGUGCUUUGGUGAGUGGCUGGAAGCCGGGUGUGGAAAUGGGAGGCUGCGGGCAGCUGGUUGCUCUGCCUGUCCUACCCCAUCCCAGAGGGAGGUGGCCACACACACUCAGUGCGGCCACGUUGUUCUUGCAGGGAACCAAUGGGCAGCCUCCAUCUGGAGGCCAUGGCUCCUCUGGCUCUCCAGGCAAUCCUGGAGGUCCAGGGAUUCCCUGGGACCAGGUGUAUUCUGGAGGCUCAGGUGGCAGCUUUGGGACCAACUCUCAGGGAGGCUCCUGGGGCCAUGAAGGCUAUGGAGGGGCAUACAACCUAGGCACCAACACUCAGGCAGAUGUGGCCCAACCUCCUUAUGGCUCAAGGAGAAGCAGCGACAACCCAAAUGCAGAGGGAAGCAGCAGUGAUGGCAGGAACAGCGGUGGCAGCAUCAGUGGUGGCAGCAGCGGCGGCAGCAACAGCAGCAGCGGUGGCAGUUCUGAGCUCCACUGGAACUCUCAGCUGUUUCCUGGGCUCUUCGGCUUGGACACUUUCUGGAAGAAUUUAAAAUCCAAGCUGGGUUUCAUGAACUGGGACACCAUCAGCAAGAACCAAAUCCCAGACCUCAGGACUCGCAUCUUCCUCUACUUCUGUCGACUCUGGGAGAAGUUCAAACAAAGCACUCCUUUCUUGAACUGGAAAGCAAUUACUGAGAACUACGAUUAUAACCAGCAGAAAUACCCUACUGCCAGUGGGGGGCAGCACUCAGCCCAGAUCCCCACUAAGUGCGGAGUCACGGUUUCUUCCUCGGCUUCCCGGGCGCGACCUGACCUGCUGCAGUGGGUGAAGUUUUGGUAGACAAUCACUUGCAACUGCGACCGAAGCCCUGAGAACCAUCAGUCAUCAAGGGACCUGACUGUGCCCCUCCCCCAGCUCUUGGUAUGGGUGCUAACACCUGCGUUUUCCAGGUUGGGUACCUAUCUGUCCAUCCCUUGUUUCCUCCCACCCACUGUGGUGUCUCCUUGACCGUCAGCCUCAGUGGACACACCAGCCAUUGCUUCUUCACCUGCUCCAUUUUGUGACCUGAAGUUACCGUGACAGAAAUUCAGGAGGCGCCUCCUACUUUAGAGUUUCUCUGUGGAAAUAAAA